UACAACCUUCUGAAAUUGAUGUCUGAAAUUGAUUUAAUAAUUACAGAAGAUUUGUUUAUCUUCUAUAGCUAUUUGCCGUUCCCUAUCCGGAUCGAUGUAGUCGUGGAUGGAAGCUGUAUUAAUAUAGAGAAUAUAUUCCCUAAAGAUAACAAAUAACUGUUCUUCAAUGGAUUGAUAGGCAGCUGGUGUGACAUGAUCUGAAUAAAUAUUUCAAAUAACCUAAUUAAAGGAUGAAAGAUGUAUAAUGUCGGAAUGAUUUAGAUACAAUGUAAUAGAAUCAACAGUUGAUUUUUAUGAACAACACACGUUUUAUUUGAUCAUCCGCUGUUUUUAACAUGAAAUAUGUAUGAUUUGACAGAAAAUCAAUGGCGCCGGAAAUGUUAUCGUUAAAACAGCAUAGGAAUUUACUUAGGAUUACACAAGACACUAGUUUAAGUCAUGACGAAUUUGAAAGAUUGAAAGAUGAUAGGAAUUAAUCAUUUUAGCAGAAGACACGUGCUGAAUCUUAAGUACCGUCUAUUCCCGUGUGGACGCGAGAAUCCCGUCUACUUCGGUAUGAAAGAUUGAAUAAAAAAAGUAUAAAUUUAUCUUCUUGAUGGAAAUAUGGAAAUUAUAAAGAAAGGAUAUUUCAAAGUGUAUAAAUAAAAAUUGAGAAUAGUAAUCAAUAUUAUUUUAGAUUUAUCUUCUUGAUGGAAAUAUGGAAACUUUAAAGAAAGAAUAUUUAAAAAAAAAUGAGAAUAGUAAUCAAUUUUUCUUUAACUUCCAAGCAAUUAGUUUGAAACAGAAACCAUUAUAAAGCGGAAAAUCCCGUUCUGUGUACUUAAUUGCAAUCACAUCGAGCCAAGUUGGAUAUAAUCAAUGUUUUAAAUAGUCGAGAAGCUCUUAUCGUCAAAAAUGUAAUUAAUAUACAGAGAGUACAAUAUUUAAUGAAAACAGAUAUUGUUUGUUUUUAAUACGGAGCAAGAUGUACGAACAACGAAUAAUAAAACAGAACGACUUAUUUACAGAAACUAUGAUCUUGUUUAUAGUUUUACAAAUUAUUGAUUAGUGUUGUACAUGUUAUAAGCACUUAAUUUUGCACGAGGAAGAAUACACGCGCUUGCUUGUGCCAGAGAGGUAAGUUAUAUCUACAAAAUUAGUUCCACAUGCUGACGUACUUCAUGUGCCGUAAUAAACGAUAAUUAUCAAUAAAGGUGACAUUUACAUCGUAGUGCUUUAAUCUCCGAUUGACCAUUAUGGAUGAUAUACAUAAAACAUCGAACGAAAAGGUACAUGUUCUAAGCGUAUCGUCUGCGCCUAGUCAUCACGUGCAUCAUGCGGUUAUGACCCACGUGGGAGGGAUUGAAUACGACAAGACUAGGAGACGAAGUACGAUCCAUUCGUAUACUCUAUCGAACUACCACGCUCUUUCGCAUGAUCCGCAGACCAUGAGAGCCGUUCACGAAAUGACUCGGGCGAAAGCUUACAAAAAUGUAAUAGCCCUUGGAUUGGCAUUCAUGUUCGUUUUCACAGCAUUUGUAUCAAUUCAGGGAUUACAAAGUACGAUGAACUGGGAAGGCGGUGUAGGAGUUACGUCCCUUAGCAGCAUAUAUGUGACUACUAUUAUAUCAUGUUUAUUGGCGCCAUGGAUAAUCCAGAAACUUACGACCAAAUGGACAAUGAUUAUUGCCUUUGUGCUAUGUACGGGAUAUUUCGCGGGAAACUUCCAUCCGGAAUAUUAUAUGCUUGUACCGUUGGGCGCAUUACUCGGACUCUUAGGAGGUCCGUUGUGGAGUGCGCAAGCAACAUCUAUCACUUCGAUAUCUUUAGCAUAUUCCGAACAUAUUCAUGCCGAGGAACAAGAAAUUGUCGUGAACAAAAUGAUGGGAAUAUUCUGUGGUUUAUAUAGAACCAGCAAUAUAUGGGGGAACUUAAUAACAACGCUAGUUUUAGGCAAAAACGAAACCCUUCACGUACCCCAAUAUCAUAACUUCUCAACAAACUCUACGUGUGGUGCUGGAUACUGUCUAACAGUAGAAGAUGAACUAAAUCAUGGAAUUUACUUUUCCCAGAAUGCAAUGAGAACCAUCAGUUCGAAAACGAAAAUUAUGUUAUUAAGUAUAUACCUCGGAUGUGGCAUGAUGGGAAUCGUAAUCCUCAUAUUUUUAUUUGACCAACAUAAAAAAUCAAAAUUGAAGUGUAGAGAUGAUGUAUUGUCAUCAAAAGAAACAUUCCUAGCAACAAUAAAAAUGUUUAAAGACACGAAAUGUUUACUCUUGCUGGUGAUUGUUGUGUUCAUCGGUCUAGAACAAGGGUUCAUGUUCAGCGACUUUACAAAGGCAUACAUUUCGUGCACAUUGGGAGUAACAAGUAUUGGACCUGUUAUGAUAUGUUUUGGUGCAGUCAGUUCUGUAAGCUGUAUUUUGAUUGGUUGCAUAGCCAGCCGCCAUAUUAAAAGAUUUGCUUUCAUCAGCGCAGGCGCAACGUUUAACAUUGGUCUACUUAUAGUAUUAUGGUUAUGGAAACCGUCUACCUUAGAUAUUCCAAAUUUUUUCGUGGUAGCAGCAUGUUUAGGAUUAUGUGAUGCUAUCUGGCAAACACAAACUUACACUUUAUUCGGAAUAAUUUUCAUGCAUAAACAGGAAGCAGCUUUUGCCUCAUACCGGAUGUUCUACGCCACCGGAUGUGCAAUUUCGUUUGGAUACAGCUACUUCCUGUGUGUUGAAACAAAAGUAUUAAUUUUGGCCGUAGUAUUAAUCAUUGGACUUAUAUGCUAUUGUGUCAUCGAAAUGAAAGUUCAGUUACAAAGUCAACACAUAAAAGAUAUUGUUGCAUUAUAAUAUGUUUAGCUAACUGUUCACCUUUAAUCUGCAUUAUAUUAAUGCUUAAUUGUAAAUCAUUUUUAUGAUGAAACCAGAAGUCAAACAAUUUAUUAGAAUUUCAAGAAAACACAAUUAACGUAUUAAGAUUACCUGUAAUAACGAAAACAAAACCAAAGAACUAUACAGCAGAUACUCAAAAUUCGUACAACGUUAUUUGUUAACGUGGAAAUGACGCAUAAUAAACUAUUCUAUUAAUUUAGAAGUUAGAAUGACGUUGAAAAUGUGAUGUGAAACACUGCUAUUAUAAGCAUUGUUAGAAGAUGUAUUGAAUUGAAUGUUGAAACAACUUCACAAUUCAAUAUUCAAAUAGCGAUAUGUUAUGUCAAAUGAAAUUGAA